UGCAUCAACACCCGUGCACGUUAGUCCAUUUCCACAUUCCUCUGCUAAAUUGAGCUGGCUGAGUUAAUCAAAACCUAGCUUUCUCCCUCUGUCUCUCUUCCUUUUGCCGCUUGUGAAGGAGCAAUGUCAAGAUUGUCAAGCGGUUUCAAGCGGUUCCCCAGGUUUUAAUUUUUUCUUUUUCAUUUCUUUGCUUGAAAUUUCACUCGAAAGGUUUCAAUUUUGUACCAUAAACUUUGCAAUUUUAUGUAGUUUCAAAUAAAGAAACCAAGGGAACAGGAAAAACCCAUGUUGGGAAACAUGUCAAACACCUUGAAUCUAGUGUUUUAGAGAAUUGGGUUUUUGUUAUGUUUUGUGCUUGACUUUGAAACUUCCGUGAACAACGUAUGGUGAAGGUUAUAUUUUUUGAUUGGUUUAUGCCCUUCUUGUUGUUUUGAAUCUUUGUUGUAAAUGGGAAAUGUCGAAAUACCAAACUGGCUUAAAGGGUUGCCAUUGGCACCUGAAUUUAGGCCAACAGAUACUGAGUUUGCUGACCCCAUUGCGUAUAUAUCAAAGAUUGAGAAAGAAGCUGGUGCUUAUGGUAUAUGUAAGAUUAUCCCACCACUGCCAAAACCAUCAAAAAAGUAUGUUUUUAACAACUUGAAUAGGUCGUUGUCCAAGAGUCCAGAAUUAGGAAGUGAUAUGGAUGUUUCAAAGAAUGUUGGUUCUAUUUCAAGCUGUAGGGAUAGCGGAGGUGAGGAGGGGGAGGGGGAGGGAAGGGCGGUGUUUACGACCCGACAUCAGGAGUUGGGGCAGAGUGGGAAGAAAAUGAAAGCGGCAGUUAGUAGUCUGCAAUGUGGUGUUCAUAAGCAAGUAUGGCAAAGUGGGGAGAUUUAUACGUUGGAGCAGUUUGAGUCCAAGUCGAAGACUUUUGCAAAGAGUUUAUUGAGUGUGCUUAAGGAGGUAUCGCCAUUGCAUAUAGAGGCAUUGUUUUGGAAGGUGGCUUCAGAGAAGCCAAUAUAUGUGGAAUAUGCUAAUGAUGUCCCUGGAUCAGGUUUUGGGGAACCAGAGGGUCAAUUUCGGUAUUUCCAUAGGAGGAGGAGGAGGAGGAGGAAGAGGAUGUCAUACAGGAGGGAAAAUGCUGAUUGCAAGAAAGAUGAGAUGAACACUGUACAUAAUUCACGUAUUGAUGAGAUUAAAGAUACUUGUGUUAAAAGUGAUCAAAAUACAUGUUUUGAAACACCAAAGAUAUCUCCUACAUCGUCAACCAUGGCAUCAGAUGACAAUUCUCAUUCUAAACGAAAGAGUGGAGAUGCUAGUAAUGAUAUGGAAGGCACUGCAGGAUGGAAGCUUUCAAACAGUCCUUGGAACCUUCAAGUGAUUGCCCGCUCAGCUGGCUCUCUUACACGUUUUAUGCCUGAUGAUAUUCCUGGUGUUACUUCUCCCAUGGUUUAUAUUGGCAUGUUGUUUAGCUGGUUUGCCUGGCAUGUUGAAGACCAUGAGCUUCACAGCAUGAAUUUUCUUCACACUGGCUCUUCAAAGACUUGGUAUGCUGUUCCUGGAGAUUAUGCAUAUGCUUUUGAGGAAGUUAUCCGCACAGAGGCUUAUGGUGGUAAUAUUGACCGCUUAGCUGCUCUGUCAUUACUGGGUGAGAAGACAACUCUUCUAUCACCUGAGUUGAUUGUCGCAUCUGGCAUUCCUUGUUGUAGGUUAAUACAGAAUCCUGGUGAAUUUGUUGUGACUUUUCCAAGAGCUUACCAUGUAGGAUUCAGCCACGGUUUUAAUUGUGGGGAAGCUGCAAACUUUGGAACUCCACAGUGGCUUCAAGUAGCUAAAGAAGCUGCUGUUCGUAGAGCUGCUAUGAACUAUCUUCCAAUGCUUUCUCAUCAGCAGCUGCUGUACCUUUUGACCAUGUCUUUUGUGUCAAGGGUGCCAAGAUCCUUGCUACCUGGUGCUCGGAGUUCUCGUUUGAGAGAUCGCCAAAAGGAAGAAAGAGAGUUGUUAGUAAAGAAGGCUUUUAUAGAAGAUAUGUUAACUGAAAACAAAUUGUUAUCUCUUCUUCUUAAAAGAGGAUCAACUUAUCGUGCAAUAAUAUGGGACCCUGAUUUAUUACCUUAUGCAAGCAAAGAUUCUGAAUUGCCCAGUGAAACUGCUGCAGUUUCUACAAUACCGCAAGAAAAUGUUGCUGACAUUCAUUCUAAAAAUAAUACUAAUCAAAAUAAUCUCUUAGAUGAGAUGAGCUUGUAUAUGGAAAAUCUGAACUAUUUAUAUUUGAAUGAAGAUGAUUUGUCGUGUGAUUUUCAAGUUGAUUCGGGGACAUUGGCUUGUGUGGCUUGUGGAAUUCUGGGUUAUCCAUUUAUGUCUGUGGUACAACCAUCUGAGGGAACAUUGGAACUUCUACCUGCAGAUCAUCUUUCGGUUCAAGGUCCUGCAGUCUUGGAAUCUAAGAAUACUCAUUCCUGUCCUGACCUUGAUCACCCUGUUGAGGGCUCAGUUUCAGACAAUGUCCAUCUUGUUGCUGAUCAAUCUCAACCUCCAAAGGAUGCGACAUCACCAUCAAUAACUAAGUUUUGCCAAGGAUGGGACACUUCAAAUAUACAUCUGAGGCCUCGGAUUUUCUGCCUGGAGCAUGCUGUUCAAGUUGAGGAGAUUUUGCAGUCCAAAGGUGGAGCAAAAAUGCUGGUAAUUUGCCAUUCAGAUUAUCAGAAGAUAAAGGCACAUGCAAUACCUGUUGCAGAGGAUAUUGGUAUCACUUUCAAUUACAAUGAUGUUGCAUUGGAUGCUGCAUCCCAGGAGGAUCUAAACUUGAUUAAUCUUGCAAUCGAUGAUGAACAUGAUGAAAUAGGAGAAGACUGGACCUCAAAACUUGGUGUUAACUUGCGAUAUUGUGUCAAGGUCAGAAAGAACUCGCCAUUUAAGCAAGUUCAGCAUGCACUGCCAUUGGGUGGACUUUUCUCUGAUAAAUAUGGCAGCCCAGAGUUAUUUAACAUCAAAUGGCAGUCAAGAAAAUCUCGUUCAAAAGGUAAGUUGAACCAUCCAUCAUCUAAACCAUGUGAAAGCAUUGAAUUGAAAGUGGAUGAGUUAUUGGUGGAAAAGCUAGAUGGCAAUAUUCCUAAAACUGAGCUGAAAAUUAUUCAGUAUUCAAGGAGGAAAAAAAGAAAACCAGAUUAUUCUACUGGAGCAGGUGGGUGCCUUGAACUUGUGAAGGAUGACCUACCAAGAGAAGAUUCUGCUGCUACAUGUGAACUUCCUGAUGAACAUGGGGGAAGUAAAUCCAAAAUAAAUGCCGAAAGUGACUCUUCUGUAUUAUUUUCAUCUCCAUCUACUAGGGCAUCUCAGACACAGCCUGAGAUCCAGACUUCCUCAGUUGUCGGGGUGGUACAAAAGGAUCAUGGUAAAAUUUUGCAGGAAUCAAAUCUGAAUGGUGAAGGUUGUAGUUUGGCAGCAUGUGCUAGUUCUCAAAAGCAUUGUGAGAUCAAGCUUAUGGAGAGAACCACUGAGAAUAAUGAGCUUUCUCUUGCUGAUAAGUGUUCAAAAAGCAGUGUUAUUGCAGCUUGUGAAAGAUAUAAGGAAAGUACUGGUGCUAUUUGUGAGGUUUGCAAUCCAGUUUAUGAAGGACAGUGUGAGGAACUGGCUGCCAGGCAUGAUUUGAUAAAUCUUGCCAACUCAGCAAAUUCACUUUCUGCUCAGCCAUCUGCUGGAAGAUUUGAUCCAGUAUUGGAGGAUAUAAUUGUUGAGAAAUCUUGUAUGAAUGGAGGGGUUCAUUCUUGUACGACUUCUGAUAACGAAGUGCAGCAAGAAAUUGAAGCUACCAGCAGAAAUAACAAUGAGGACAUUUUAUGUGAUGAUAAACUAAUAAAUAAACCAAAUUUGGGUCCAGAGGAUUUUUCCAGUGGUGUUUCCUUGGGAGAUGAAGUGCAGCAAGAAACCAACAUUAGAGGUGGAAGUCAGGUUGAACCAUUUUUCAGUUCUCCCACUCUAACAAAGGGGCCUAGCACUGUCGUGGUGGGAAAUAGAUCUGAUGUUCCAAGAGAGCCCUGUACUGCAGCAGAUUUAUGUGAUGUUGCAAUUUCCAAGGAUAAAGCAAAGAAGCAGGAAAUCCAGAUUAAUGCGAAUAAGGAAAGACUUCUCUGUGGUUCUAUUACGCCAGUGGUGAUUGAUCAGCGCACUAGUCUCUCAGUGGAAGAAUAUUCUGUAAUUUCCAAAAAUCCUUGUGCUGAAGAACUGCAUACUGGUGUGACCUCAGAUGUUGAAGUGUUGCAAGAGAUUCAAGCUACAAAAGGAACCAGUGGGGAUGAAGUUAUCUAUUGUUACCAUUUGCCAAUCAAAGAAAAGCAGCCUACUCCCACAGUGAUGGAAGGUUGCUCCGAGGUCCAAAGGGAGUGCAGUUCUGAGAAAAAAUCAUGUGCUGAUGCAACUGCUGCAGAUGACAGACAUGAAAAUGACAUGAUUAGAAAUGAAAAAGUUGGGGAAGAAUCUGUUUCUUGCUGUGUUACUCCUAUAAAUCAGGGUACACCUGUCCCAAUCCAAAAAUACUCUAGAACUCGUAGAGAGAGUCGUGCUACUGUGAAUGUGAAUAAUGGUGGUGAAGUUUGUUCAUUUGUAGAGAAUAGAGAUCUUGAGUCUGUUGCGGUAAAUUGCAGAUCAAGUGCCACAGAUGGAAGAAAGAGGAAGAGAGAAGUGGUGGAAACACCAGAAAAGGUUGGUGGCAGUGGCUUUAUCAGAAGUCCGUGUGAAGGAUUGAGGCCAAGGGCUCGGAAAGAUGCAUCAAGCAGUUUCGAUGCAGGCAAAACAUCCCAGGAGGUGCUGCCAACAAAGGAGACGAGGAAACCUUCAGUUCAUACACAAAGUAAGAAGAUAAUUAAGAAGGGGUCUCAUAGGUGUGACUUGGAAGGCUGCAAUAUGAGUUUUGAGACAAAGGAAGAGUUGAGGUUGCACAAACGCAAUCGGUGCCCUUACGAAGGCUGUGGAAAGAGGUUUCGAUCCCACAAAUAUGCAAUCCUUCAUCAACGAGUCCAUGAGGAUGAUAGGCCCCUCAAGUGCCCAUGGAAAGGAUGUUCCAUGACAUUCAAGUGGGCAUGGGCUAGGACCGAGCAUAUACGGGUGCACACUGGAGAACGACCAUAUAAGUGCAAGGUUGUAGGCUGUGGCCUUUCUUUCAGGUUUGUAUCAGAUUUUAGUCGGCAUAGACGAAAGACAGGACAUUAUGUAGACUCUUCAGCCUGAAAGUUUGUCAUCAUAUUUAGGCAAAUGUGCGACUAUGGCUCUGUGGCCUUAAGAGGUCUACAGAAUCAUGUACAAACUCAGAGUUUCUGAUUAGGUAUAGGUUAGGGCUAGACUGAUCCUUUUGUAGGUGGGCAUUCUCCAUUCAUUUGAAUGCAGUUAUAGUGGAAAA